AUGGACCCCCGUGCCCGCGCUCUCGCGCGCUUGGAAAAGGUUGCUGGCAUCAUUUUGAAAGAUGACUUUCACAAACAACUUAACGCUGCCUGGAUCGACUUGGAAGAGGCCUUCAAUCAGACAGGCGACAUAGCCGCGCGCACCUUGGACAAGCCGCCGUCCCAACAGGCCUUCUUCUCGAGUUGGAACCGCAUCGAUUUUAUCCUCUGGGUUUUUGACAAUGCCCCGCUCAGUACCAUCUUCAGCGCCCUGGCUGUAAAUCAAGCCACCCUCUUCGAGUCGGCCAACCCACGCGUGCGAUCCCGCAUCGAAACGACAUCCAAAGCUUUGGGCACCACCGCCCAUGCCCUAGUCGCCCUUUUCCAUCCCAGCGAUGCGCUUUUCGUAAACCCGACGGCGAUCGAAGCCAUACGCGAAGCCGUCGACUGCCACCCUAAAGACCAGCCUCCCCUCACUCUACAACGCAUCGCCGCUGCUCUGCAAACCAUAUACGUCCAAGAAGCAUCCUUGUCUCCGUCUCGCCGACGUCGCAAGCUGCUCACCUUCCUCCGCCCUGCGUUGCAAAAACUCAAUCCCGGACUUUGGACGAGCGGCGACGACAAACCACCGAGUCGGACGGACGAUUUACGAGGACGAGGACGAGGUGGUAGCCCACGCAUCACCCCUGGACACAAGGCGGAUUCCGAACGAGCUUCACGCAGCCCAGGCAUACACGAAAACAGUGCACAAGGGCUGGAAUUCGGCCGCCAAGAUUCAAGCACCCAAGACAUUGCCGAAACAGAACUAGGAAGAAGGGCAGAUGCGCGAGAAGUCGAAGAAGCUGCGGAUUCUUUGAUACUGUUUUCAAACAGCCCAGAGCUGGGAACGGGAAAGGGAGCCGAUUUUGGAUUUGAUGGAAGCCCCGUGUCUGACGGCGCCUCCUCGCCACCAGCCGCAUUGAGCCCCAUACGUUCACAUGUAUCCGACGAGAUUGAGUUCAUGGUUCGCGACGAUAGCGACAGCGAUACGGACAAUAGUGCCGGCAGCUCACAACAUUCCAAAUCAGACCACAAGCGCCCACAAAUGCAGGCGAUGCAAAUCGACGGGGCGAAGCGACGCAGACUGGAUGCCGGCAAAAAUGACAGGUUGCCUGACUGGUCCCAAUACGACCUUGAUCGCUUACUUCCAGGGAGAUGGCUCAAUGACAACAUCAUCAACACUCUUUCUGCGUAUUGGGCAACUGGCUCGAAAGUGGGUAUUCUUCCCAGCUGGCAGCCUCGAUCCCGAACCGAAAAAGCCCGGCUGAACCUUCAGACGGCGUACAUUUUCGGCUCGGAUCUCAUCCUCCUACCCAUUUGCCAAGAUAGCCAUUGGCUUCUGGCCUGCUGGACGCGCGCCUCCCGCGAGCUCAAGUUUUAUGACUCGGCUGUCACCUUGGGUCGGGUAGACCGUUGCGUGGAAAAAACCAAAAGCUUUUUCGACUGGCUGGACCCUCCACCGCCUUUGGAUUGUCCCAAAACACAAGCCCAUCCGGACAUCCAAGUUGUGCGUGGAAAGUGCCCUCAACAAAGUAACAGCAACGAUUGUGGUGCUAUUAUGCUCCACAUCAUCUACUGUCUGGUUCAAAACCUACCCAUACCCAACAGUCUUUCGGAGGACCAAGUUCGGAAUUUCCGCAGCGAGUAUCACCAGCGGCUUGUUAGUCUCGUCUCCCGUCGGGACGGAAUGAAAAAGCAAGGAGAGACACCACCUGGCGACCUGCAGCAAAAAGAGGAACAUGAAGAUUUUGGACCAGAUUAUGCGCCAACAGAUGGGUCGGGCGAAGGACAUGACAUGCAAUCACUAGAGUACCAUGAGCUUGGAGCACACGGCCGCGGACAAGGGCUAGAGGAAGUGCUAGAAAGUGAGACCGACGCUCUAACCACAUCAAACACUCGGUUUGCUUUGGACCGCAUCGGCAUGCUUGCUGGACGGUUUCGGCAUUACGACGACCUCACAAAACUGUACGGGCCCGGCAAAGAUAACGACAUAUACCGAAUCCCCCUCAUGCAACUUCGAGAACUGGAAUUUGUCCAGGCAAAAGUCGACAUAAGCAACCAGGCUGCACGGCAUUUCGAAGUACUGCAUCGCGAGGCCGUCGAGCAUGCGAAAAGUGCCGUCCGCAAAGCCGCCGCACGCCAGCGUCAAAGAGAAGCCGAUGCCGAGGAGUGUCGACUGUUGAAUGCCUUCCUGGCCCAUCGUCUGCGCCGCGCCGCCGAAAAAGUCGACGGCGCCGAUCAGCAGCCACUGAUUGACGACACUCCCGUCUCGAUCGCCCUCGGGUUGACUCAGGAGGCCGCCCUCAAAGCCCAGCAGUUGCAAGAAAAUGUGGAAAUCCGUGGCGACAAGGACUGUGUGAACGCGUACCGACGCAGUCUUGUGCUUGGUCUUGUGUGGGCCAAAACAGCAGCCCAGUUUGAGCAGAACAAGGCCGAGCUGGGUAGGAUAAAAUGCGGAUUGGGCUUUAUGGAUGGGAAAAGGAACGAUAGUCGCAAAAUAACCACUGCAUAA